AUGCAGGACGACGUUCAAGAAAGAUCUGGUGCUUUAUCCUCCCAGGUUUUGACGACGCAGCCAUCCUUCAACUUUUCUUACUGUUCCCCAAAUGCCACCGUCUGCAACGGCACCUCCUGUGUGUUGCCCAGCGAUGAUUCUAACAGGACUUUGAGUCUGAUUUUAAGUACUGUCCUAACAAUCAUGUUGGCAAUGGUGAUGUUCUCCAUGGGCUGUAAUGUGGAGCUACCCAAGUUUUUAGGACACAUUAAAAGGCCCUGGGGCAUUAUGGUGGGUUUCCUCUGUCAGUUUGGGAUCAUGCCUCUUACUGGCUUCGUGCUGGCACUUGCUUUCGAAGUGCUUCCGAUACAAGCCGUUGGAGUGAUCAUUAUGGGAUGUUGUCCUGGAGGAACCGCUUCCAAUAUUUUAGCCUACUGGGUAGAUGGUGACAUGGACCUAAGCAUUAGUAUGACAACAUGUUCAACCCUGCUGGCCAUGGGGAUGAUGCCACUUUGUCUCUUUAUUUACACCAGAAUAUGGACAGAUUAUGACUCCAUUUUGAUCCCCUAUGACAGUAUUGGCAUUUCAUUGGUAGCCCUAGUAAUUCCUGUCUCGUUGGGAAUAUAUGUUAAGAAUCGAUGGCCUGCAAAAGCUAAACUCAUACUAAAGAUUGGUUCCAUUACCGGUGCAGUUCUUAUUGUCCUCAUAGCUGUGGUGGGAGGAAUUUUGUACCAAGGAUCCUGGACAAUCACUCCUCAACUCUGGAUUGUUGGAACCAUCUUUCCAUUAGCUGGCUAUUCAUUGGGCUUUUUCUUGGCUCGUUUAGCUGGCCAGCCUUGGCACAGAUGUCGAACAGUGGCUCUGGAAACGGGGAUGCAAAACACUCAGUUGUGUAGCACAAUUGUGCAGCUCUCCUUCAGCCCUGAACAACUGGCAUUAAUGUUUACUUUCCCACUCAUCUACAGUAUUUUCCAGCUAACUUUUGCAGGUCUAAUCUUGGGAGGCUAUCAGCUACACAAAAGGCAUUGCGCUAAUAGAAGGAAAGACUUGUGCGAAGAAGCAAAUGAACCUGCAUCAUUGCCGGCACCGAUGUAUUCAACGAUGAAUGGAGGAUUUAAGCCAGAGGAGGAGGAAGCAGAAACUCAUGUGUCACGGGCAGCUAACAGGAAAAUCUAA